UGAGUCAUCAGAGCUGUCAACGCGGUUAUGUCAAGUAAUAAUAAAUAAAAGGACAAUCAUUCGUUUUGCAAUAAUCAUCGAUUAAUCGAAUUACUCGACAAGGCAGUUAAAUUAUCAUCCAUUGUUGGUGGUCUUCAUAAGAGAAAUGUUAUAAAUCCUGUCAAUCGAUUAAAGUGAUAAUCAUAACCUCUCUAGAAUAACAAAGAACCAUAAAAUACGCUAAAUCAAUUGACAGAGGAUCGGAGAAAUGGAAAAAGAGAGUAGUAAAAUUCCAUCGAACGAGGAGAUUAUCCAGGAUUUAAUGCAAGACCUGGAAAAGUCGUGUAUCGAUACGAAAAAUAAAACUUCUGGUGAUGACAACUUGGAGAGUGAUUAUAUUAAUGUUAAAUCAGAAGAGGAAUCCUGGGAGAACGUGGAGAAUGUGUUGGAGGAGAAUUCAGAGAAUAGUGUACCUAUUCCACCCGAGCUCCGGGACAAUUGGAUUGAUGAGCAGGCGCUCGCGGAUAGAGAGAUAUCUCUGAGUGAAGAGGAGAAAGAGAAACUGAAAACAGAAGCUGAGGAGUUGAAAAACGAGGGGAAUAGCUUAUUCAAAUCUUCUGAGUUUAGAGAAGCAAUGGUGAAGUACACCCAGGCCCUCCAGACAUGUCCGUUGGCGUAUACCACAGAUCGUGCGAUAUUGUUUGCUAAUAGAGGAGCUGCAAGGGCGAAAUGUGAGGAAAGAACUUUAGCUAUAGAAGAUUGCUCAAAAGCUAUUGAGUUGAAUUUAACCUACCUGAAAGCCUAUCUGAGACGUGCCCAACUGUAUGAGCAGGAGGACAAGUUGGACGAGGCACUAGCUGACUUCAAAAAGAUCCUGGAACUCGAUCCCCAAAAUACAGACGCCAAUUACGCGCUGAGGCGAUUACCCCCACUAAUCGACGAACGAAAUGAAAAACUGAAACAGGAGAUGUUGGGAAAACUCAAGGACCUGGGUAACAUGAUUCUUCGACCAUUCGGUUUGUCCACCGAGAAUUUCAAGAUGGAGCAGGACCCAUCCUCAGGCGGCUAUUCCGUAAAAUUUAAUCAGAACCCCAGUUAAUCCUCAACCAUCAUAAAUUCAAACGAGACCUCCAUUCAGAUAAGUGUCUUUAAGGUGAAUGAUAAAACAAAGAAACGUAUAUCAAUAAAGUAGAUUAAUGACUGAAUUUUAUCUAUAAAAAUCUCUGGUUCAUUAGUUGUCCUCUUUAAUCGAGACCAUUUCUCCCCUGAAUGAAUCCCCUGGAAAGUGCGGAUAUCAAUCCAUAAAAAAGAAUAAAAAAGGCAAAUUACAAUGUACUUGCGUCUACUCCGCCGUUAUCCGGAAUCUCCCGCGGGUCGUGUGACGUUCACCCGAUUUACAAGCCACCCUACCCCCUCCCACGCCGUAAAAAAAACUCCCUCAAGUUGGAGUAUCAGUUAUUGCGCAAGCGUCCAAGUUGAAUCGAAAAGCUGCAACCAUUGUAACCCGAAGAUAUCCCGUAGGCGUUGGAUAACCGGCCGAAAGCUCGGUGUGGCUCUCGUCCCAGCAAAAGCUCCCCUCCUAAGGGUGACAGUCAGAGCGUGGGUAUCAAUACCCUCGCACUACGAAAAUAGACGAUAAAUAAUACCGAUAAUAAUAAUAAAUUUUCCUAUAACUGGAGUUUGAAGGGUGGUUUGACGGAUUGUUCAAUAACGCACCAAUGAGCAUCGAGUGUUUUUUUUCAUAUCUCAGUUCCGGAUGAGAUGUAUAAUGUCGAAGUAGGAUAGAUAAAAUAUACGAGGAGAGGUACUCGGGGUGUUCGACUUGAAAAGAUCAGAUGCGGGUGAAAUGUGAAUGGGAGUAAAAUAAAAGAAGAAAAAAAAUCAAAAGACAAGUGGAGUAUAAUAA